AUGCUCCAAAGCUCGUCCAUCAUAGGCAUCUCCCUCGACGCUGCUGGGCUUAUCGCGCUCGCAGACCUCAAGGCAAUCUCAUACCGCACUGCGCUAACCGGCACAUCGUCGUUCAUCGACACUCUACUCAUCGCACCGGGCAUACACUGUCAACAACGCGCCUCGGAAGUAAAUGGAGGAGAAUAUCCGGCUGCGGCAGCCCUGACCUCAGGCUCCCUCUUCCGCAUCGAGAACCAAGCCACUGUCAGUUUCCUGCAAGGCAUAGGCAAGACGGGUCACCUCGUACAAGUUGCAGUGUCAUCGCUGGGCCGCAAGCCUCGCCUGUUCUCAAAGGACAUGGCCGCGUCAAUUCUGUAUCUCUCCGCGGCCGCGCAGUCCGUGGUAGUCAUGGUGCUUUUAGGGUAUACCCGAGACUGGUGGGGCCUAGGCGUACUCGCUAUGCUGGUCCUCGCGCGGCUUUGCAACGUGAUUGCAUUAAAGCGACGGACGAGGAUGGGAUGGAAAGGCAUGUCCGAGCCCGACGUGCAUGACGAGCUCUUCAUCAUUCUCAGCGAAGAUCGCUGGGUACGGUUGCGGGGCCUGGUAGACGAUCUGAAAGCCAUCACAGGCGGCCAAUGGCUACGCGAGGAAUCUGUUCUAGACAGCUUCCUCUCUGGCUUCGCGACUCUGCUCGUAUACGUUUCAGCGGCACUGGCGGGAAACGCCUCUACACUGGGCAAGCUGCUCCUCGCGUGCUUGCUUUUGGUCUCAGUCGCGUUUCUGGGGCUAUGCAAUUCGCUGACGCAGACUGAGGGCAGACCUAAAGCAUAUGUCCGCCGGGUACAUCUGGUCAGGGAACUGAUAGAUGAGUACAGAAGAGACGAUUGGGCAAUAGCGAUGGGAUUGAUUCCCCUCAGCACUGCCGUAGCAAAGACUUCAUAG